AUGGCCACGCCGGCCACCCUAAGUGUGGGUCCUCCAGUCCACAGACCCAUGGCUGCCAGGCCUUUGCCCACCGGGUGCCAGGAGGAGGAGACUGCCAAAGACCCCGGGCCGAAACCAGUGGCAGUGAGGCCCCGGGGCCGCCUGCCCAGCAUCGAUGAGGACCGACCCACAGGUGUUGGCCCAGCUUCCCGCCGUGGCUCCGUGCUGGGCCUAGCCGCCUCCUUCUCACGCCGCAGCUCGCUGGCUGGGCCAGGCACAGGUCCUGGAGGCCGACGACCAUCCCUGGGCCCACUGCCCCCUCUCGGCUCACGGGUUGGCUUCUCCGGGUUGCCUCUGGCACCUGCCCGGCGCGUGGCACCCUCGCAUCGCAGGGAGCCGGUGCCCGGGGAGCGCUGGGAGGUUGCACGUGCACAACGGGCCCUGGAGGCGGCGCUGGCGGCCAGGCUGCAAAACACCUGCUACUCCGGCACCGAGGCGGGGCGGCUAACGAAGGAGCUCUGCGACCAGGUGCGCGUGCGCCUGCGCGAACUCUGCCCGCCGCGCUACAAGCUGGUGUGCAGCGUGGUGCUGGGGCCACGUGCCGGCCAAGGUGUGCACGUGGUCAGCCGCGCACUCUGGGACGCGGCCCGCGACGGCCUGGCCUCCGCCACUUUCACCAAUGCGUCACUCUUCGCCGUGGCCACCGUCCACGGGCUCUACUAUGAGUGAAUAGGCCUCCAAGUUCUGCAAAAACAGUUUAUUGUCCCAGGAGGGCCCCCCCUGGGCUCACAUCCCAAUAAAUAAAUGUUAAUAAAUAAAAGUGGUCCAUAAAUAACACCCCCUAGCCGGGGGCUAUGGCUCAGGCUUUUGGAGAGAGGCGGGAGUCAUCAGGGACAGACCACCCCCAGCUCCAGUAAAGCUGGUCCCUGAUUCCCUGGGGGAUUCAGCCUAGAGCACCCCCCCCCCCCAGUGAG